CCUGAAUAACAGAACUGAAGUUACAGUCGUAGUCUCGUCUACCCUGGUCAUGUCUCGAUUAGGAAAUCCGUGUACCCAGUUGGGUAAUCAGUGUAUGCAUCGUCAGUGAGAAAUACCACGAUGCUGUUAGUCAACAUCCAUCCACAGCAUGUUAGUAGUGAGCCACUCCUUUUAUAUGAGAAACCCGUGUGACUUUGAGUGCGUAAGCCAUGAGAGACUAGGCAGGUAAUCUUAUAUAACGGCAUCUGCCGUACUUUCUUUGCUCCUUCAACACAAAACAUAACCAUGGACGACUCAUCACAUCAACAUCACUUUCUCCAAGGCAAAACCAUCAUCAUCGCGGGCGGUGGUGUUUCUGGUUCAGCAUUCGCUGUUGGACUACGCAAAUUGUGGAAUCCUCAGUUCAAAGAGCCCAAGAUCAUCAUCUACGACCGCGACUCGCCAGACGUUAGCGCUCAACGUGAAGGCUACACAUUAUCCCUCACUGGAUACGACACUUCUGGAGGUCUCAUUGCCCUGAAGAGACUCGGUCUUAUUGACCAAAUUGUAGACAAUGCGGUUUCUGGUCUAAACGGAGAGGGUGCUUUCAAGAUAUGGGGACCCAAUUGGCACGAACACGCAAGCUUCCGCCACGAGCCAAUUGAAGAGCUGCCAUCUUCCAGCGUUAGGAUAGCACGCAAGGAUCUUCGGAAGGUCCUCCACGAUAACCUCCGACCGGAAGACUCGGUCCAGUGGAACUCACGCUGCAUCUCAGCAAAGCAAACGGACCAAGGACGAGUGCGGGUUCAAGUCGCGAGUGGACAACCCGGCAAUGAGACGAUCACCGAGGAGGACUGUGACCUGCUUAUUGCCGCUGAUGGAGCAAAUAGCAAACUCCGAGGAUACCUCAGACCCAAUGAUAACCUCGAAUUUGCCGGUGCAAUUCUCCGAGGUGGUAUUGCUCGAUUUGACGGAACUCCUCCAGCGCCCAUCGACAAAGAUUGGGGCUUUAUGCUCUCCGGAACCGGGAUUUCCUGCUUCUUUUCCCCAGUUGACGAGAACAGCGUUGUAUGGGGCGUCGGUAAUCUCGAAAGCGAAGAAGUACCAAGAUUGGAUCUUAAGAACGACGGGAUGGUACAAGGAGUUAUAAAUCGCAGUCUUGAUCUUGGGAAUAAGUUCCAGCCUCCAUUCAGAGACAUUGUGGAAAGGACGGAUACAAAGACUGUGUUUGCAAUCAACGCAAAAGACAAGAAGGCGUUCACUCAUGACGAUAUUGAUAAGAUGGGCGUCAUUUUCAUUGGCGAUGCUAAUCAUGCUGUGACACCUUUUGCUGGCUGUGGAGCGAACCUGGCGUUAUGUGAUGCGUGGGAUUUGGCAGAGGCGUUAUGUAUGAGCGGGUCAUUAGGGGAGGGUAUAUCAGCAUAUGAUGGACGGUCUGAACCACGGGCGAGAGGGAUCCUGGAGCGAGCGCGAGAAAAGUUAAAGUCGGGGCAUAAGGGAAGAUUGUAGCUUUAAGGAGAUAAUUCAUCAUGUAAGCAUUGGUAUUCAUAGGUUUUGCUAUGAGGGGGUUCUAGUAGAAGUAUAUGUAGAGACUGAAGACUCAAGUCGUAGUAGCUCUUGGGGGAUAGGCAAUGUCGAAUGGAACACAGAACUUAGGGGAAAGAUGACAAACCCGAUGCAAUUGUCCGCG